ACUUUACUUUCUAUUGCGUUUUUUUACUGCUAUGAGCGUCAAUAAUCGGGGACUGAAUCUCUCUUACUUCAUACAUUAGGUUUCAAACUUGAUCUUCUUAACACAUCUCUCUUAGUAAAACUACUCAAUCCCUUGCUCUAUCUGAAUCUCUCUCACUUCACACAUUAGGUUUCAAACUUGAUCUUCUUAACACAUCUCUUUUAGUAAAAAUACUCAAUUCCUUGCUCUAUCUGUUGUAUUUCUUGGAUCAUAAUGUUGGCAGGCAGCUGAGUUGAAGUAAUUUCUCUAUUAAGAGAGUUUACAUUCUGCGCUUAACCUCAGGAGGUUUCCAAUUAAAGCACCUUCCCAUAUAAAGCCAUUUCAAAUACACAUUCCUCCAUUAAGAUUAAGAGAUAUAGCUCAAAAGUCAAUGAAUAGUUUUUGAAGCCGAACUUACGAUAUAUAUUAUAUUAUCUAUUUUAAAGGGUAACUAUUAUUAAGAAAUUGAAACUUAUCACAAUUAUUUCUAGAUCCGUAUAUUGAAUUUGAAAAUCUCCAGCUUUACGAUUAAUUCUACCGCAGAUUUUCGGUACCGCAUUUUAUAGUAAAUCUUUGCAGUUGUCUUGAAUUUAUUUACACACCUACAAGGUUUUAAAUUUGAUUUCGCUUAGAUGAGAUGGAAAGUAGGUCUUUAUUAUUAGGUGUUGAGUUGAAUGCUGAAUUUUAUAUGUUAUACCUUAAACCUAAAAUUUGUUUCUCCACAUAACUCUUAUCAGUGACAGAUUAACAUUUUUCAGAUAAGUUGUUGCUGUGGAACGUCAAAUUGGACACCAUGAGUGGCAAAGACAAAGGCAAGUGAAAAGCAAAGUGCAAUGCAAAAGCACACAGCAAAUGAAAACAAUUCGCAAAUUCAAAAUGAAAAUGCAAAAGCAAACAAAACAAAAUACAAAAUAAGUAAAUUGCAAUUGGCGAUAACACGAGCCUGCUACCGAUAAACUGACUCGCAAUUUUCCGGCCUUCGUGGCGCGUGUUUGUAGCGCUGUGUGCAUGUGUGGGCAUGUUUGUGCGUGCGGUGUACAGCUGAAGCAGGCACCUACAAGCGAAAGUGCCGCAAAGAAAGUGCUUCAGUUGAAUUUGUGACUUGCUGCAGUGCGAACGUCCAUUGCGGAAAAGUCGAAAAAUUGCUAAUUUCCCUCGCGACUUCAAUACGCGCAACGACCACGACCGUUUUGAUAACAACACGACGACGACAACGGGCUGGACGAAUUAACGAAUAAACAAACGCGUCGCGUGCAUGUGUGCGUGUGAGCUUAUGCUUUUAAGUAGGGCGCAUAAUAAUGUGAAAGUGGAUAUCGAUGGUGAAUUGGUGCAAUGGAUUGAAAAUUUAAUGGAAUGCCAACAGACGGCGGCGUGUGAAAAUGCGUUGUGAUGCACGAAUGAGUGAAAGUGUGCGGAAAAUCAUAGCGGAUUAGUUGCGUUGUUUGUUUAGAAGCGAGAAAGGAUUUAAUUGUCGUGCAUAUUUGAAGACGUGCCUCGAAUAAUUAAUAAAGAGAAAUUUUGAAAUUUUGUACAGAAUUUCACUUGAAUCUCGUAGAAUUUUGCUUAGUGACAAAGCAUAAUUUAAAUAGGCCACGGUGUAUAGUUUCUUAAACUCUGCUAAGUUUGUAGAAAAAACAUUCAUACAUUUUUUGUAGAUGCAUAAGUAAAUGCUUAAUUGAAGUAGCGCUAAAAGUAGUAAUAUAUAACUUUAUAGUUAGUCCAAAAUAAGCAGAAAAUAAAUACUGUCUCUAAAAUUUAAGUGUACUUACUUAAAUAAAUAAAUGUAGUUAUAUACAUAAGCACCUAGAGUAUUUGAAAAGCUCAAUAUUUGUUUAAAUAAAAAAAAAUUAAAAAUGUAUUAAAUAAAUAUACAAUAUUAUUCUCGGAAAAAAAUUAAAAAUAAAAAAAGUUUUAAAUAUUAAAAAAAAAACCAAUGAGUUUGAAAACAUUCAACGAAUAAAACAGUAUAAAUUACAAAAAUUAAAAAAAUCAAAGUUAAAAAAAAAUUUUAAAAGAAGCUUGUUAAACUUCCCGUUAUGUAAAUCGACCCAACUUUAUUUAGAUUUUCUUGGAACGAAUACUAAAAUAUUUCAUUAAAUAUUUAUAUACCGUUUAAUACGUGUUUGCUACUUAAAAACUAAACUAUUGUUCUAUAGUGCUUUAAUUAUAAUAACAAAGGAAAUUGUAUUUCCUCAUUGACAUAUUUGGCAACUUUUUUCGACGCGCCAAUCCAUACUUAUAAGAAUAUAUGGGUUUCUCUCAACUUAUACAAAUUCACCAAACUUAUAAAAGUUUUUCAACAUUCAAUGAGUAUUGUAAAACGUUUCAAGUCCGGAAUUAUCUUGAUCCAUUAACGCUAAUGCUAUUUUUAUAAAAAUGUGUCCGCUGUGAAAACGGCACGUAACAGACUCUCAACACAAUUUGCAUGCUGAGAUAUAAUUAAAACCGUAGUUGCAGUUUAUAAUAGAAAUUAAAUGCAACAGACACACCUGCAGGCAGCAACGAAACCUCAUUUAAUAACAGUGGCAACCUCAAAGCACAGCUGUUAACUGAAGCUUCCACAAACAUCGACAAUUAAAUGACAUCAACAUAAUGGCAUCCAAUGAAUCACAGACGAUUUACUGUGGCAGUGGCCUCGAUAAUUUUCACACCAGCUACAAAAUUUGGCAUGGCUACAUAUCGCUCAUCGUCUGUAUACUUGGCACCGUAGCGAACACACUCAACAUCAUAGUGCUGACACGCAAGGAGAUGCGCUCCCCCACCAAUGCCAUACUCACCGGGCUCGCAGUGGCCGACCUCGCCGUCAUGAUCGAGUAUAUACCCUACACUACACACGACUACAUACUUGCCGAGCGGCUGACACGCGAGCAGCGUCUCAGCUACGGCUGGGCUUGCUUCAUCAAAUUCCACUCAAUAUUCGCACAAGUGCUGCACACAAUUAGCAUAUGGCUGACCAUCACGCUGGCGGUGUGGCGUUACAUAGCCGUCGGCUAUCCGCAAAAGAAUAGCAUUUGGUGUGGCAUGCGCACCACCAUAUUCACCAUCAUCACGGCGUACAUUGUGUGUAUAUUGGUGGUGUCGCCAUCCUUCUACUUAGUCUCCGCCAUUGUGGAGUUUCUCGAAACCAUCGAUGAGCAUGGAAAAAUCAUAUACUCGGAACCGCUGACGCAAUUCAUUAUCGAUUAUCACAAUGAGAUGGCAAAUCAGACGCAGCAAUUGCAGUUGCAGGCACAGGUUACAGCAGCCGCAUGGGCAACUGGAAAUGCGUCUGCCGCAAACGGUAGCGUUUUGGCAACAACAUAUGACGCGUCAUGGAAUGCGAGUGAUGUAAUGGUUACUACAGCUUCGACGCUAACUACUGUGGCUACCACAACCGUGUCGCCAUGGCAACAGCCGCAUCACAACAUCACCGUCUAUAAAUUGUAUCACAGCGAUUUGGCGCUACACAAUAAAUCGCUGCGCAACUCAACCUUCCUCAUCUACAGCGUACUCAUCAAGCUGAUACCGUGCAUUGCGCUGACGAUACUAUCCGUGCGCCUGAUAGUGGCGCUGUUGGAGGCCAAGCGACGGCGCAAAAUGCUUACCAGCAACGCAGCGAACGGCAUGAAGCCCAUCGUCAACGGCAAGGUGUUGGAACAGCGACCGCGCAAAAAUAGCAAAACACUGGAGAAGGAAAAGCAAACGGAUCGCACGACGCGCAUGCUGUUGGCGGUUUUGUUGCUCUUUCUCAUUACUGAAUUCCCGCAGGGCAUUAUGGGUUUGCUAAACACCAUGCUGGGCGAUGCCUUCCUCAUGCAAUGCUACCUAAAGCUGAGUGACAUCAUGGACAUAUUGGCGCUACUCAAUUCCAGCAUCAAUUUCAUACUCUACUGCUCGAUGAGCCGUCAAUUCCGCACCACAUUCACCAAGCUCUUCCGGCCGAAGUUCCUUGACAAAUGGCUGCCAGUGGCACAAAACGACGACGGCGGCACUGGCAUCAACGGCCGACUGCGCGGCGAAUUGGCCAGCAAAUCGCACGCCGUCGAACAGCAGUGCCUGACCACGCAGGUGACGAACGUGUAGCAUCGAAGUCACAUGCCUUGCUGUCGCGCCACGCCAUCAUACGGCGAUGAGGAAACAAGCGUAGUGGCAGCGCGCAGCGGCCUCUGCGGCUGGGGUAGCACGCUAAUGGGCAACGUUGUCGGCAAGCAUGCCGAGCGCUGGGCGAAUGGCAAUGGCAGCGCAGCUGCGCGUGAACACAAAACGAACGAUGAUGAUGUUGCGGCGCAAGAAACGGCCUAUCGACACAACAACAAUAAUUGCAGUAGUAGUAGUAGUAGCAGUGCGGAUGGCACAAGAGGCGCGCACUGCGUAUUGCAACAGCAGCAGCAGCAUUAUGAGGUGGAGCGGCAGCGGCAGCGGCAGAGCACCAGCGGUUGGCGUAGCAGCAAUCGCAGAUACAGUAUGCUGCGCUGUAUGCUCUGCAAUCUAAAACAAAGCCACACGCCAACACAACAACAACAACAGCAGCAGCAACAAUUUGCAGAACAACGCACGAAAGCACGUGUAGAUCAGCAGGCGCAGCCACAGUCACAACAGCCGCAGGCUAUUGUUGUUGCAGUGGUGGUUGGUGCCUCGAUUGACCAUCAAAUACAACAACAAGAGCCACAGCUGAGCGACAACCUCAAUGUUGAACAGCACCGGAGCAAUACAGCCGCUGAUGUUGGUGAUUGCAGAAGCAGCAGUGACAGCUCAUGCGGGCGCAGCAGCAGAGCUUCUUCGUAUAAUUGUGACAGCGAAGGCGUCCACAUCGGCGGCAGUGAGGCGCUUUUGUAAAUAGGCGUGGUGCUGGGCAGUUAUUAGCAGUUGGUGAUCGAUUCGUUGUUCGUUGUAUACCUCAAGGCUGUUGUGUAGUGCUCCACAGGCAUGUAAGUGCAAGUGUGUGCACAUUUUAAGUGCGCAAAUUUAAGUUAGUUCCGUAAUUUAAGUAGUUUAUAUAUAUAUAUAUAUAGCUUCAUAUAUGUAUAUGUACAUAUACAAAAGUGCUAAUACAAACUUAUUAUUUAUUAAGAGUUCUUAUACUUCAUUAUUAGCUCAGUAAUUAAGUGUCAAGCUAUGCAUAUUUACAAUAAAAGCGUUCGUAAGUAAUUUUUGUAGCUAAAUUGGUAUUGAUUUUGUGAAAUAGUUAUGCGCUUUUUUUUUUUAAUAUUUAGCAUAGAAAUCUUGUACAAAAAAAUAUGUAUUUUUGCGUACAAAAACAAAGCACGGGAAUAAAUUGGUGCUAUGUUGCAAGCUUAACAUUAAAUCUGUUUGAUUCUUGCUGAAAUCAACAAGAAAAUUGGUUCGAAAAAUUAUAAUAGUUUCUUUUUUAUGGGAUGCAUAUGAGAUGGAAAUCAAGUAUAGUAUGUUAGCCCGCGAUCAUAUUAUUCAUCUGUUGCACAAAACUUGGCUUAAAUUGGAUAUUACUUUGGAAAAAAAUUUUAUUUUUGAACAAAAAUGGAUUUUCAAAUGUUUUCUUGUAUAAUAUAAAUUUGUAUAUCCUAGAUAGAUUACCUAAGAGAGAGCCACAGUGUUAUAGUUUUAAACGGGCACACUUAAGAAAAAAAAUAGAAAAUUUUUGGACAUUGAAAAAAUUAAACAAAAAAACACGUUAAUUUCGGUUGCACUGAAGCUAGAAUACCCUUCACAAAUAAAGAAGUUUCCAUACAAGAACUUGAAUUUGAUCGUUCAGUUUGUAUGGGAGCUCUAUGCUAAAGUGAUACGAUCAAAACAAUUUUUCAAAGAUUCUACCGUUGUCUUAAACAAUAGUACAAUAGCCAAAUUUGUUGAAGAUAUCUUGUCAAUUACAAAAGUUGAUUCCAAUCGUUGAGUUUGUAUGACAGCUAUAUGCUGGAGUGGUCCGAUAUCAGUGAUUCCGACAAAUGAGCAGCUUCAUGGGUAGAAAAGGACGAACAUGGCUAAAUGAACUCAGCCUGUCAUGCUGAUCAUUUAUAUAUGUAUAUAUAUUUUAUAGGAUCUCCGACAUUUCCUUCUGUGUGUUACAAACUUCUUGUCAAACUUAAUAUACCUUUUUUAGGAUAUAAAAACGACUGUAAUUAUAUUAAAAUAUUAAAGGAUCUAUUUAUAGAUGUUUUUGGCAUACACAGUACAUUUUUUUAGAAAAAAGUUUUAUAUUUUUUGGGUUUACCAGCGAACUCCGAUGGCGCUUAAAAAUAAAGGUCCUCCACAGCUGCAGUGUUUCUGGUCUGCCCCUUGGACAAAGUCUAAAAUCAAUGACUUACGAUCGGGAAAAAUUCGAAAAAUAAAAAAAUUGGCCGCCUUUUACAAAAAAUUUAAUUUUACCUAACAUUUUUGUUAUUUUUGGUCUGCCAAAAAUUAUUUUUGUUCAGAUUAAAAAACUGGUAGGCCAUUGCAUAGAAAACUACUACUACAAGUAUAUACAGAAUAUUCGGAAAAACGUUUAAAAAAAUUCAGGCUCCGGAACAUAUAUUUUCAAGAAAACCCCGUUCUGAUGGAGCUAGUUAUGUACUGAACCUUUUUUUCCAUAAUAAUUGGGUAUUGUUAUGAAAUUCUUGUAUAUGGAACACUCAAUAUUCGUAAGUGCAACAUCUUAAAUUGUAUAAAUUCAAAGGAAAUUUAGCCAUUUCUUUCUCAUAUUUUCUUAAAAUUGUCUGUUUUCAAUUUCAUUUCAUUUGAUAGCAAGUUUCAAAUGAAUUCUCUUUCGUAGAAGUUUUCUCUUAAUAACUGUUUAAGUAUCCAAAUUUAUAUAUAUCAUAUAUUGUUUUUAAUCAGAAAAGGAAAAAAUAUAAUUUGAUUAGCCCUAAGACAAAUAUCUCAUAUGCUCCCAAUUUCAUACUAAAGAAUUUGUAAUAUAAACUUACGUAUAAAUUAUAGCAGUUAGCUUUAAUAGUUUCUAUUUUUCGUAUAUAUAUAGCAUUUAAGCCAGAUAGGUUUCAGAGAAUGCAAAAAUUUGGCUGUAGAAUUUCGUAUGUAAGACUAAUUAAAUAGAAUUCUUAAUUGUUAAGGCAAAAAUAAACGCUAAAUAUGUUAAAUUUCUGUAUGAUAAAUAAAAAUAAUAUUUUUAAAUAAAUUCUUACUAAACUUAUUUAGCUUUAAUAAGUCAAAGCUUAAAUUCAAUGCGAGUAUAAAAAUAUUUUAUUAUACUAGAUAACUCUUUUAGGGUUUCUUAAAAGAUUUUCUAACUUUAGUUUUCCAACAUUAGGUCUACUUUUAGGUAUAGACUAUUAAAAGCAUGUAAACAAACCAAAAACUUGUAUGCACUGUGAAAGUUUGAGAAGCCAUAUAUAGUUGAAAAACUUAUUUAAUAACUCAUAUUUAUAAUGAUAAAUAUUUGUAGGUAUUGUAUAUAUGUAUAUUAGGAUGGCAAAAAAACAAAAUAAUAAAUGUUGUUUUCGCUUGAAAAAAAUGGCUGGUAGAUAAGAAACGCUCUCCAAGUAUGAGCUCUUAAUUUUAAAGGAAAGGUCAUUCGUUUUACCGUUAUCUAUUAUUUUCUUAUGAUCGGGUAGAAAGAUUCGUAUCUCGCUUCGGACUACUUGAAAACAUAGCAGUACAUAAGCAAGCUUUACAAUUUAAAAUGAUGUAUUUUCAUUGAGUUAUCAAAUUCAAAAGAAAAAACAAAUUUGCCUUAAAAUAGGCAAACUUCAACUGCUAAUAUCUUUUAAACAGUUAAGUUUACGAAAAAACCGUAAGACACCAUUUUGUAGAGCACUAAUUUUUUCAUAAAACGAAAUAUGUCAUAUUCAAGUAGUUGGAAGCAAGAUAUGAAGCUUUCUACCCGAUCAUAAGAAAAAAAUAUACAACAGUAAAGCGGAGGACCUUCCAGUUACAAUUGAGAGCUGAACUUGGGGUGUCUGUUUAAGAGGUGUCUACCAAUCAAUUUUUCGGAAUAUCCAGCCAAAAAAAAAAAAAA